AUGCGUAAACCACGGCCACCUGGCAUCCCUGGUGUACACGAGGGUAGCGGAAAUUAUGCUUUAUUCUCAAAGCCCUCAGGCUUCCCUGGUGGAGUUACCGCCGAACUUCCUCAACCCCAAGACUGGUACUCAAACCAGACGCAGAGUGAACUUGAUGAUCUUUUGAAGACUCUGCAUGUCGUGCCAUUGAGCGGUGAAAGUUCUGACGUCCUGGACACGCCAGCCUCUUCCUUCUCCCAGAGCUUCGGUGACUACGGCUCCUCUGAAGCGCCACCCACAGGAGACUUGUGCAGCCCAGCAGCCGAAAGCUUUCAGCAAUCCAGCCCCUUUCUGGACACCGAGACAAUAGCUUGGAUGAUUGACCCUGAAGGGAAUCCGCGGUUUCCUCAUGUUGUUGGAAUCUCAGCAUGGCGUCCAGUUGAUCUACCCUCCUCAAUAAAAGAAAAAGAGAGGCAGAUUGCUCUUUGUUUGGAAGAGGCCCUAGAGCGGAUGUCAAAUGUUUUUGGCUUGGAGGUGUGGCGCGAUUGGCAGGGGCCGCUUGGCACAGACGCUGUGUCCACAAAGAACCCCCUAGCAAUGAGUGACUUGGAGGAAUACCUAGAUUCUGUAAAGUUUGCGCGCUGCCACCAGGUCCGCUUGUCACAUUCUGUAGAUCCUGAGACUGCUUCAUUGGCAGGCGCAGGCUUGAAGAUGUGGAAAGAGGACAUGACCAGACGUGUCCAAACAGAAUUGGGAAUAUUUGGUGACAAGGCACUCCCGUAUAUUAAGCGUCUAACAACUCUUCUACAGGAAGUAGAUGGUUAUGACAAAGCUUAUGGAGAUUAUGUUGAAAAAAAAGCUACCAAAGCCAUGAAUAGGAAGAAAUCUGCCGAGGCGUACCUGGUCCCAAGACCUGUAUCGUCACGGAGCAAUUCUCAAGAUCACCAUGCAGCAGCACCUUCAAGUUCCAAGCCUAACUUACCAGUCUCUGCUGAGAGUGUGCUUAGUGCCUUUCAUCCGUACCAUGAAUGGACACGCACGGAGGUGCGGGAUGUGGCUCGCAGGGAUGAUUGGUACCUUUCGGCUCCUUUGUCGCAUGGAGUCAAUGGGGAAGGGACUUCUGACAACAAUGUGGAAUACCAUCCGCAAGACGUAAAAUACUACCUUCUCCCGGCUCCUUCGGAUCCCAGCAUCAAAGUUCUCCCGUACACUCCAGCACACCUUCCUUGGAAGCCUGUCAUCAACUCCCAACAGUUGCAAUCAAAGACAGGGGAUACCCGAAUGAAGACUCUUUACUCAGAGAUACUGGAGGACUUUGAACAGAACAAUCGAUUAAUAUUGGUCCACCUGGACUUCUAUCGUCUAGAUUUGCACCCUGCUACACGAGGCACCAGCGUUCUAGGGUUAACCCGCAACUCCCAUCCCCCAGCUGUGGCCAUGCAGAAGCGCACGUGGGGUGGGCAAUAUCCCACAGAGUCUGGUGAGAAUGCCACGAAAGCCUCAGUGUCCACUCCACCUCUCCCUGCGAUUGAAGAGGUGGAGACACCUCACCCUAUGACGAUAAAUAGUCCACCUAAAGUAACUCCCACGGGCAAAAGAACCAAACACGGCAAGAAAAGAAGACCGGAAAGUGAUGGUCAGUCGGAACCGUGUAGCUCUCAGGGGCCCUUGGCCACUGGGGGAAGAGACCAUGGGGAGGGUGAACCCAAAGUGGUAAAGGAAGAAGAACAUUCCCAAGUGACCCUGGAACUGGGAUUGGAACAACUGAUCUCCAGCAGCCAUACCCAGCCAUUUGAACAAGGUCAGGGAACCACUGCUCUGGUGCCGCUAAAUGACAGUUCAAGAGUGGAUGAGGCUAUUACGAGGGCACCAGGUUCCCAGCGAUCACAACUCCCUUGCUCUCAAGGUGAAGAAGUGGGGUCUUCUACCCCUCCUCAUCCUCAUGUGGUCUUGGGAGGAAGAAAGAGUACACAUAGACCAGGGAGAAGGCGGAGGAAGAAUGGUGUGGAGGAGCCCACCACCGAAUCAGCACCACCAGUCAGAACCACUCAAAUAGACUCAGGGAGUUGUGUUGUGACAAAAACGCUUACAGGGUUCUCCCCACCCAAUAUCACUACUAUUACUGGGCAACAGAGAACCUCAGACACAGAAACAGAUGACCCAGGAGACAUAGCUGCACAUCCUUUAAGACCGGAGACGGUGAGGUCUGUCCUCAACCGCUCACCCACGCAGAAUUGCCUGGAUAUUCUAGCACAGCCUUUGCUCAGUUGUCUAAUGGAAUUGGAAAGAGCCCUCGGUGAAACAUUGGGUAGUGGAGAUGUCCAAGCGCUUGCUGCCAGCAAGGCGGACUAG